GUCGUGACUAAUGAUUGUAAGGUAUCUAACGCGCGUUAGAUCUAACGCAACGUCAUGAUGUGGUUACAACGCUUGUCGUCGACAGCGGGUUUGUGUAGACUGUCUUCCUUGUCAUCUCGCUUUCUUUCAGUCGCCCAACCGUCUGCGCAUGUGCAACGUGUGACCACUCACUACAGUAUUCAUCCGAGAGAAGACGAUUCAAGGUGGAAAGAUGUCAAUAUGGAGCGGGCAGUUGACGAGACGGACGUGUUGAUUGUGGGAGGUGGACCUGCGGGGAUGGCAGCUGCUAUUAGAUUGAAACAGUUGGCAAACGAGAGCGGAGACGACAUCAGAGUGUGCUUGCUAGAGAAAGCAGCAGAGACAGGAGGCCACACUUUGAGUGGUGCAGUGUUAGAACCGCGAGCAUUACAAGAACUAAUUCCAGAUUGGAAAGACAAAGGAGCUCCAUUACACACUCCUGUAACUGAUGACAAAUUUGCGUUUUUGACUGAAAAACGGCGUAUUCCUUUGCCUAUCCUUCCAGGUCUCCCCAUGGUCAAUCAUGGUAACUACAUCGUUCGUCUCGGUAACGUCGUUCAAUGGCUUGGAGACCAAGCAGAAGAGCUUGGAGUCGAAAUCUACACAGGAAUACCAGCUAGUGAAAUUUUGUAUGAUGAGGAUGGGUCAGUGAAGGGUGUGGCUACAGCUGAUGUGGGUAUUGGGAAAGAUGGAGCUCCAAAGGAAACAUUUGAGAGAGGGAUGGAGCUGCAUGCCACGGUCACUCUAUUUGCUGAAGGAUGUCGAGGCUUCCUGGCCAAGCAAUUGUAUAGGAGGUUUGGUUUGCAAGAGGAUUGUCAACACCAACCGCAUGGAAUAGGAUUGAAAGAGUUAUGGUCCAUCGACCCCUCAAAACAUUGUCCCGGUCGUGUCGAACAUACUGCUGGAUGGCCACUAGACCGACACACGUAUGGCGGUUCAUUCCUUUAUCAUUUGAAUGAAGGAGAGCCUCUAGUGUCUGUAGGAUUUGUUGUUGGUCUUGAUUAUACAAAUCCUUUUCUCAAUCCGUUUAAGGAGUUCCAACGCUUCAAGACUCAUCCUUCUGUUCGUUUAACUCUCGAAGGAGGGGAGAGACUUGCGUAUGGAGCUCGUGCUCUCAAUGAGGGAGGAUUCCAGUCAAUACCGAAAUUGGUCUUUCCUGGUGGAGCGUUGAUUGGUUGUAGUCCGGGUUUCAUGAACAUGCCCAAGAUUAAGGGCACUCAUACAGCGAUGAAGAGCGGCAUGUUGGCAGCCGAGAGUGCAUUCGAGGCCAUCACAAGCAAGAAUGACAAUAACACAAAAGGGUUGCUUCUAUCAAGCUACGAGUCACGUCUACAGUCCAGCUGGGUGUAUGAAGAGCUAAAAGGCGUGCGUAACAUCCGUCCUGCUUUCAACACGUCUCUCGGUCUCUAUGGAGGUAUACUAUAUAUGGGACUUGUAUAUUUUAUUUUACGUGGGAAAGAGCCUUGGACAUUAAAACACCAUGGUGUUGACUCUGAACACCUCAAGGCAGCAAAUGAAUCAAAACCUAUCGAAUAUCCCAAACCAGAUGGGAAGGUCAGUUUCGACUUGCUGUCAUCUGUGGCGUUGAGUGGUACGAACCACGAGUCCGACCAGCCUGCACAUCUUACCCUGAAGAAUGACUGUGUGCCUGUUGAUCACAACUUGGCAAUCUAUGACGGUCCAGAGCAGAGAUUCUGUCCUGCUGGUGUGUAUGAGUUUGUUGCCACUGACGAUGGGCAGGGACGACGACUGCAAAUCAAUGCGCAGAAUUGUGUGCAUUGUAAGACGUGUGACAUCAAGGAUCCGACUCAGAAUAUCAACUGGGUUGUACCCGAACCGGGAGGGGGGCCUGCAUACAAUGGGAUGUGAAACAAUGGUGUCACCUUGUUAUUAUUGUUUAUUACUGUAAGUUACACCGGUAGCAAAGACUAUUCGAGUACAGACUGUUGGGAUAUGCUAGUAUAUAACAUAGUAUAUUAUAUUGCUCUCUUGUCUAGUAGUAUACGGCUG